AGCUAUGGCCAUUCAAGUGGUGCUAAACUAAAUUAAUCCUACCACUCCUUCCUUUGUCCCGUGGGCGUGGCCUAGGGAGGCCUGUGGGCGUGGCUCGGCUUUCCUGUUGCCAGGGAGCGCAAGAUGGCGGCGCCGCGGAGAGUGGCGAAGGAGCUGGAUGAGAUCAGGAGGUUAAGAUUCCGCUGCUUCCGGAAUAUUGAGGUGGAUCCAACUAAUGUCCUCCUUUGGAAGGGGCUUCUGGUACCGGAUGACCCUCCUUACAAUCAAGGGGCAUUCCAGGUUGAGAUCAGCUUUCCAGGUGAUUACCCUUUGAAGCCUCCCAAGGUAACUUUCAAGACUAAGAUAUACCAUCCCAAUGUGGACGAGUCAGGCCAAGUGUGCUUGCCGAUCAUCAGUCCCAAGAACUGGAACCUUUCCACAAAAACAGACCAAGUGAUCCAAGAACUUAUAGCAUUGGUGAAUAACCCUGAUCCGGACCAUCCCUUGCGUGCCGAGUUGGCUGAGGAGUUCGCCAUAAACCAUGAACGCUUCCUUGCCAAUGCUGAAGAACACACUAGCAAAUUCAGUGAAAAGCGACCGAGCAAGUGACCUCAGCUCAACAAAUGCCCACCCAAACUUCUCUGCCUAUCUGUUGUGAUAGCUAAUUGAAGAGCCACCCAUAUCCCACUCACCAGUAGGUGAGUGGGAUGAAUGAAGCAGAUUGCUCCCAAGAUUGCCUAGCAACAGAAUAAUGUACCUGAUGGAAACCUGGGUUGCUUUUGUUCUUGACAAAUUCUACAUCUGAGGGGGAAAUGGGCCCUCUGAAGUACUGUUGGGCAGGUACAAUUUCCUGCUUCAGAGUAAUGAAAUACCAGCAUUGCGCGGGUCUUCCAAAACUAGAAAUGAUGCGGUGAGUCAGCAGGAAAGGUCUGUGUGUGAAACAGGGAAGUGAAGUGAAGUUAUGAAGCAAUGUUGCUAGUAAUAAAUGGAGUUUGAUGUGAAAUAUGAUUAUUCCUAAAUGGAGGAACAUAGGAAACUGCCAGACAUGUUCUUUUAUGAUGUCAUAUCUAUAAGGAUAUGAGAUCUGUUUUUAUUACUCCCAUUGUGCAGAAGAUCCCUGGCAGAAGUGAAGAUUAUUAUUUAAAACAUCUUAUACAGCAUAGGACCCAUCAAUCACUUAUAGAGUGCCUGAGUUUUGUGUGGCAGCUAUAAAAAAAAACAAGCAGUUUGUGCGUGAUUUUAGUGGAUGAAUUUUUAACUUAUAUCAUUUUAUUACCCAUGGACUUUCUGCUCUUAAUGUUGGCACUUUAAAAACUGUUUUUAAUGUUGUAAAGUUUUAAAGUUUUGCACUCUUGAUCUGUGACUGUAAUAAUAAAAUCCAUUCAUUCACUAUUUCACACAGACCUUUAGCUUCUCUAGCCCAGUAUUUUUAACAGACUGAGUCUCUCCGGGGUUUCAGACAAGUGUUUUUCCUGCCUUAGCUGAUGGUUGUGGAGAUUGAUAUGCGAAGCAUGGGUUCCACCACUGAGUUACAGUAACAUCUUGUCAUUUAUUUUCCAGUAAAUGGAUUUACAGUUUGUUCAUAGGAUUGUGGUCUUUUGUUGAAAGUACCAUGUAUACACAUAAGUCAAACUCGAGGACAGGUUUUGGGGCCAAAAUUAUGGAUUUUGAUAUGACCUAUGGAUAAAUUGGGGGACAGUCCUUGGAGAAGGGAAAGCACCAGUGCCAUCUCAGGGACCAGCUACAUUAGCCAUUGCUGCCAUUUCCCUGUUCAGGCAUUGAGAAAUGCCAAAAGCAAUGCCACAUUAGAUAGAGGGUAUUGAUGCUUCUUUUAAAUGUUUGCAGAAUUAAUGAAGCUCCUCCUUUUUUGCUAAGAAUCAAGGUACAGUGCUCACAUUGAUCUAUGAACAAAUUGGCCCCAUUUUUGGGGUUGAUUUUUUUGACUAAGAUUUCUACACAUAUACAUGACUAUUAGAGUAACACAUGAAUAUGUCUUUCUGUUGCAUAUGUAUAUAUGAAGUACUUAAUAUUUUUAAAAAUAAAAAUACUUUUCUUCUAUUAAA